AUGUCACUACCAGCGCACACCUCUGGGCUGUGUCGGCGGCUGUCCUCGCAGAACGGGGUGGCAGGGGGUCCUCGGGGCUUCUCUGCCUCGAGCAUUGGGAGUGGCUAUUUGGGGAGCGCUUUGGGCUUCAAGGCUGGCUAUGGGGGAGGCUUUUCUACUGCGUCCAUGUUUGGUGGUGGCUCUGGAUCUUCCUUGGCAGGGCUGGGCACUGGUUAUGGAGGAUCUCUGGGAGGUGGCUUUGGAGGGCUGGGGAUGGGCUUGGGGGCAGGCUCGGGAGGGGGCUCUCUGAGUCUCCUCGCUGGCAGCGAUGGGGGCCUCGUGUCAGGAUCAGAGAAAGCAACCAUGAAAAAUCUGAACGACCGACUAGCUUCCUACCUUGAUAAGGUCCGAGCUCUGGAAGAGGCGAACGCGGAGCUAGAGAACAAAAUUCGGGACUGGUAUGAAGCGCGAGGGACUGGGUCUGUGGACUCGGGCUCGCAGAGCGACUACAGUAAAUAUUACCCAGUGAUUGAAGAGCUCAGGAAUAAGAUCAUUUCUGCCAGCAUCGGAAACGCCCAGCUCAUCCUGCAGAUCGACAAUGCGAGGCUGGCUGCCGACGACUUCAGGAUGAAGUAUGAGAAUGAGUUGGCUCUGCGUCAGACAGUGGAGGCCGACAUCAAUGGCCUGCGAAGGGUGCUGGAUGAACUGACCCUGACCAGAGCUGACCUGGAGAUGCAGAUUGAAGGUCUAAAGGAAGACCUGGCCUACAUGAAGAAGAACCAUGAGGAGGAGCUCCAAAGCUUCCAGGCAGGUGGACCAGGUGACAUCAACGUAGAAAUGGAUGCUGCUCCCGGAGUGGACCUCACCAGGCUCCUCAACGACAUGAGGUCACAGUAUGAGGCCAUGGCUGAGCAGAAUCGGAAGGACGCAGAAGCCUGGUUCCUGGAAAAGAGCGGGGAGCUCAGGAAGGAGAUCAGCGUCAACACGGAGCAGCUGCAGUCCAGCAAGAGCGAGGUCAGCGAGCUGAGGCGCGCCCUGCAGAACCUGGAGAUCGAGCUCCAGGCCCAGCUCGCCAUGAAAAAGUCCCUGGAGGACACGCUGGCGGAAACCGAGGGCGGUUACUGCGGGCAGCUGUCCCAAGUGCAGCAGCUCAUUGGCAGCGUGGAGGAGCAGCUGCAGCAGGUCCGCGCCGACGCCGAGCGCCAGAACGCCGACCACCAGCGGCUGCUGGACGCCAAGGCCCGCCUGGAGCUGGAGAUCGACACCUACCGCCGUCUGCUGGACGGGGAAAUGCAAGGUGAUGGUUUCGAUGACAGUUUAUUCGUGACAGCCUCCAAGUCUGCAGCACCAUCAGUUGAUUCCUCUUCAGACCCAAGUAAAACCCGAAAAAUCAAGACGAUUGUGCAGGAGGUGGUGAAUGGUGAGGUGGUCUCAUCCAAAGUUCAGGAAGUUGAAGAAUUAAUGUAA